AUGUUCUCGAUUGCACUGCUGCACUGCUUCACCAAAGCUGAACUCGUGCUACCUACUCUUUGCGCCUCGAAUCCUUUCUCUCAAAACAUCACAUCACCACUUCAAAUGGGUACGUAUCGAAAUCUCUCCUCGCGCCAAAUCACCUUCUCGGGGGCAGUCGAAAUUCAACUGCUGAUCAACACGCUGCUAGCAACCCGACCAUUCACGAUGGCUCCAACAGAUGAGGACAAAGGCCUCUUAAAGAGCUCCGGGCUCUCCACGGCCAGAUCCAGAGGCUGGGCAGAGAAGAAAACUUCUAUCCUUCGAGCCUCAGAGUUCUCUGCGACAGAGCCCGCGAGUUUCUUGAUUCUCACGGCAUCGUUCCAGAAGUACCCGGCACCACUGCAGAUGGUCUCCCCAAAGUUGAGACUAUAUGUCCAUGAAAAGCGCAUCAAGAUCCUCGUGAUGCAAGGCCCCGAAGACCUCACAAAGUCCCUGAAAGAGUCCGGCCAGCCCGAGUUCGUCCAAGUCUCCUACCACAAGCUCCUCAAGCACUCAGCCACGAUGGAAAAGUUCGCGCGGCAAGCGGACAGCCAGAUCCUGGGCCCCGAAAUGUUCUACUACCCUCCCCUUGCGAAGGCAGGCAAGUACCAUGUCAAGAAGCACAUGACCGGCAUUGCCAUCUAUCUUCGGGCCCUUGCCCAAGACACGGAGAGAUGCAAGAGUUUCAAGAUCGACGUUAAGCACAUCACAGCUGUGCAGGCCAUGACGGACGAGGAGUUCUGGCAAGCUACGAAGAUGCACUAUCGCUGGCUGCUCAGCCGAGACAAGAAAGGAGGCAUCGAGAGAACAUUCCCCAGCGCGCUGACGAAUAAGAUGAAGCAGUAUCUGAGGAGCUUUGCGGGCUUUCUCAAGACAAAGUCGGAAUUUCGCAAGGCUGUCGACCGGAAGCAAGAUCCUGCUAUUCCAGAAAGUCCGGUCAUCGCAGACACCGCACAGCGACGUCGAUUCAAUCUCAAUCACGGCGUCAAGAUGGACACUCUUAUGGCAGAUGCGGUCACGGACUCGAAGCAGAAUGGACAAGUCCAGGUUCACUUUGUCACAAACUCCGAAGACCCCACGAUCGAGCUCGAGGAAGGGAAGACGCAGCUCCUGGUGCCGACAAAUGUACGGAGAUAUGGGUUGUCACAGAUCCUCAACUCCGAGUCUAUGCUUAAUACCGAGGCGCCAAUUCCUUUUGAUUUUCUGAUCAAUGGAAACUUUCUCCGCACGACUCUCGAAGAAUACCUCACAGCGAACGGCCUCUCCUCCGAAACGACCUUGGACCUGCAAUAUGUUCGGAGUUUGAUCCCGCCAUUGUACGAAGCGAGCUUUGAGCACGAUGACUGGGUCAGCUGCGUGGACGUCUUGUCUGCGACAUCGAGAGCUGGAUCCGGGAAGGGAUAUGAUGUGGCAGUAGGACAUGAGCGCAUACUGUCCGGGUCAUACGAUGGGUUGCUGCGAGUUUGGAAUAAGUCUGGACAGACGAUUGCUACGUCAGCCUCUUCGAGCGAAGGAGGGCAUUCAUCCAGCAUCAAAAGCGCAAAGUUCAUCUCGCCUACGCAAAUUGCGUCCGCUGGGCUGGAUCGCACCAUCAGGAUAUGGAAGUACAAGGAGGCUGAAGACCAAUUCUCUGCGACCCUGAAGCCGGUAUUGGAGCUUUACGGGCACAAGGGGGCUAUCGAAUCGAUCGAUGUAUGGGGACCGUCAAAUCAAGUCCUCUCUGGAUCUACCGACGGCCAUGUUGGGCUCUGGACGACGCUCAAGGAUUCUGCGCCCGAAGCAGCCUCUUCCCUGAUUACCUCUGGACCUACCGCUAAGCGUAGAAAGCUCACCACAUCCACAUCUACACCUCAGCGUGGGCCUCUGUCUCUGCAUGCUCGUCAUGGGGCCUCAGUAAAUGCUGUAAUCUUCAACCCUGACGACCACACGGUCGGCUACUCCGCCUCCCAAGACCACACGAUGCGAACUAUCGAUCUGACAACAUCGACUGUCGUAGAUACCAGGACGACGUCUCACCCUCUGCUUUCUCUUACCGCACUACCAGGUAUCAGCCAUCAGCUGUUAGCCGUAGGAACUAGCGCGCGCCACAUCACUCUUAUCGAUCCCCGAGCAUCCUCCCAAACGAACCAGGUCAUGACCCUUCGCGGGCACACGAACAAGAUUGUCUCUCUGGCCAAAGAUCCCGAAAGCAGAUAUGGAAUUGUCAGCGGAAGUCAUGAUGGCACCUGUCGAGUCUGGGACUUGAGAAGUUCGCGGCCGGGUACCAAAGACGAAGGUGGUGGCCGGGUUGGCGAGACGGUGUACGUUGUGGAGAGAGAAAGUCAGAAAGAUGGCAAGAGACCUGUUGGUGGAGAUGGGAUCAAGGUGUUCGGUGUUUGUUGGGACGAGAAUGUCGGUAUUGUCAGUGGAGGCGAAGACAAGAUGCUGCAGAUCAACAAAGGUCGGGGCGUCACCAAGCCUGCGAGCUCUUGA